AAUUAAAUAAUAACAUCAUAAAUAAUAAUAAUAACUGAUAAAUAACAGAAUGCUUAUUCGUCCACUCCCGAGCUGGGUUAAUUAAUUUUUUAAUGUUUAAUACAUAAUGAUAGACUAUCUUUUUUCGACUGCUGCAUUUAGGGGUGAAGGUCUCCAAACCACACAUUAUAGCCUAAACCUCCCCUUUCACUCUUGCUGGUAUCCUUCUGUUGCAAAUUGCCACUGACACUCAUCUCCACCCACUCCACCCUGCCUCCACUCUUUUCUUUAUUCCUCUUGUGGACUGUCCAGUGCUUUAGAUGGUUUACCUCAGGUACUUAAACUCAUCUUCCUUCAAUACCUUUACUCUUUGCAGCUUCACUGUUACACUUCUGUCCGUCUCAUUCACAAGUAUGUACUCUGUAUUGCUGCUACUGUUUUAAUUCCUCUUCUCUCCUGUGCAUUCUUCCACCUCUCCAGGCUCUCUUCCACCUGCUUCUUGCUCUCACUACAGAUCACAAUAUUGUCUCCAAACAUCGUAGUGCACAGACACUCCUGCCUCACCUCAUCUGCCAACCUGUCCAUCAUCAAUGCAAACAAGAAGGGACUCAGAGCUGAUCCCUGAUGUAAUCCCACCCCCAUCUUUUACCCAUCUGUCACUCAUGCUGAAACACCUCACCACUGUCUCACUGUUCUCAUAGGUCCUGCACCACCUGCAAAUACUUACUCAUACUCAGCCACUUGUGACUUCCUCAUCCAGUACCACAGUUUCCCCCUUGGCACCCUAUCAUAUGCUUUCUCUAAAUCCAUAAAGACACCGUGCAACUCCUUGUGACCUCUAUACUUCUUCAUACUGUUGCCCUCUGAUCGGCACCUCUCUCAGUAAUCUAGCUUCAACAACUCUUUCCCAAAUCCCAAAUUCAUCUACAAAUCUGAAGGUUGGUGGUUUGAUCCCUGCCUACUCCAGUCUGAAUGCCCUAUAUCCUUGGGCAAGACACUAACACCAAGUUGCUCUCCGAUGCAUCCAUCAAAGUGUGAAUGUGUGUGAACAUUAGAAAGCACUUCAGCAUAGAAAAAAUGCUUGUAUGAAUGGGUGGAUGAGGCAUGUUGUAUAAAGAGUAGAGUAGAAAUGUGCUCCAUAAUAACCAGUCCAUUUACCGUUUUCCAUUACUGCUGUAUUUUCCCAGUCAUCUGCUAACUCUUCCUUACCACCCAGAGCCCGUCUCAACUCUUCCCUGAAAUCUGUGCAACAUUUUUCCUUCUUCAGUUUCCACCAUUGAAUCCAUUUCUCUGCACAUAAACAGUAUAGAAAGUAGACGUUCGAUUCUAAAUCUGAAUGGACACAAAAGUCGUCAGACAGUCACUAAGUAAGAACGUUCAUCUGUACUGAAUCUAUGUGAACAGUUUUUUUUGUUCCAGCUAGCUUAAAAUAAACUCUAUUCAGUGUUACUACUUUGCUCUAGUUUAAUUUAACUGGUUUAAGCAGAACUAUGCAGAAGCUAUAGAGUUAUAAACCAAACAAACACAUUUUUCCCAAGUGUGUGUAAUAAAGCUUUCUUUGUUUUUUUCCAGCCAACUUCUGUGGAGGAAACAAUUAAAGGAAAUAGUUCUUUUUAAGGUCCCAACAGGGGAGUCUUGGACCACAGAUCUUGGACUGAAUUUUCCACAGAGAGACACCGUUCUUCUAACUUUCAUGUUCAGAGUGGGUUCAGACAGCUGUUGUUGUUUAAGCAGUUGUUACCUUAUGCAUUUGUCCCUAUGUGCAUUUGUCAGGUUGUCAACACGCAGUGCUGAAGACACGUACUGCAGCGGAAACUGCAACAAAAAGCAUUUGUCACCACAAAAAUUCAAAAUAAUUUUACAGUUGUGCAGCUGGGGCCAAAAUGUAGGUGGAGUUUGAAGAGUCCUGAGUCAAGGUCAUAAAAUGUAAGCGGGCUAGUUGACACACAGACUUUUCUCACCUUAUUCCUCUGUUUCAAUGGGGGGUUUGUAAUUUUUAAAUUAAUAGUGCAAAAUCCCCCUUUUCUUUAUCUGCUGUAUGAACACAGUUGACGAUUUAUUUUGGCACACCAGAUACAUCUUAUAGCCAUUUUAUUAAUAUAGUGGCAACUCCCAAAGGAGGUAUUUUUAUCCGAUGUGUAAAAGUAUAUUUUUAAAGCAAAUGAAUGCCACUCGUGACACCAGCAGCAGUUAAAUUUAGAUGUAUGACAAAAGUCUGGCUGUAAGUUUGCAACAAUUUGUAAAACUGGCACAUAAGCAUUGAGCUAUUCUGGAAACUUCCCUCCUUUUUCUUGCUGCUGCUGCUGCUGACCUUAACUUUAAAAACAAAACUAUCGGUCUCACAGCUUUUGAGCAGCGACAAGCCUAGCAGCCUAAUACUGUAAGUCAAUCACCCAGUAACUGAGUGACUUAUGUUUCACUUCCUUUCUCUGUUAUUUCUGGAUAUAUGUGUUUGUGUGCAGAACAAUAAACUUCAUGAUGCUGCAUUGCUAAGAGGAAAUACUGGCCCACUGGCCACUGAGAUGUUUGUACCUGCUACAGGGCAGAAUAGCUCUGUACUGUGAAGUGUGUAGAGUCAAUAUGGAGUCACUACCUAGUAGAUGUUUUGUUGGGAUUUGACCGUCAGCCCGAGAGAAGCAGACGUCCUUCAUCGAUGGCCACUUCUGAAAGAAAUAACAAAAUUCUCCUUGAUUUGGUGCAACAGCCGGGUAACAACUUGUGUGCUGACUGUGGAGCUCCUGACCCUGACUGGGCUUCUUACACUCUCGGUGUCUUUGUGUGCCUGAACUGCUCGGGGAUGCAUCGUAAUCUACCCGCAGUCAGCAAAGUGAAAUCCAUACGGCUGGAUCAUUGGGAAGAUUCACUUGUAGAGUUCAUGCAAGAGAAGGGAAAUUCUGCUGCCAAAGCUAUUUUUGAGAAGUGUGUCCCAGUCUUUUUCUACCAACCACAGCAGAAAGAUUGCGUCGUUCUUAAGGAUCAGUGGAUCCGUGCCAAGUACGAAAGACGGGAAUUCACGGGAGAAAACAUCUACUUUCAAAAAGUGUACAGUGCAGAACUGUUUGAGGCAACACUAUGGAAGAAAGGCAAAGAAAGCAAGCAGUUCCUUAAAAGCACCUUCCUGCUCUCACAGAAAGACUUCACCCUCAGAUACUUCAUCAAAGAGGAUUCCAAGGUUCCCAAAGCUGUCAUCAACAUGAAGGAUCUGAAUGCAGUCUUCCAACCAGAGAAGAUUGGUCAUGCUAACGGUUUGCAGAUCUCCUAUGUGGAUGAUGAACGCUCAAAGAACCUUUUUGUGUACCACGAGGACGGGCAGGUGAUUGUGUCUUUUUUCAAUGCUAUUCGGGCAACACGUUUGGCAUACCUCCUGAAGAAAAACCCCACUCUUCAAGAAAAAGACUUAAAACAUCAGCUAACACCACAUUGCCUGAAGGAGGGAUACAUGGAGAAAACUGGUCCGACGCAACGGGAGCCAUUCAAGAAGCGCUGGUUCACGCUGUGCUCAAUGAACAGAAAGCUUCUAUACUUUAAAUCUCCACUGGAUGCUACAGAGCGGGGGGCUGUCUUCAUCGGCACAGAGAGCCACGGAUACUCUGUUUCAGAAAUCACCAGCCGCAACUCGAGGGGAAGCCGGUGGCACUGCGGGAUCUCACUGGUGACUCCGGAUAGGCAGUUUGUUUUUAUGUGUGAGCAGGAGCAGGAACAGAGAGAGUGGAUAAUGGCUUUCAGAAAGGUCAUCUCUCAACCCAUGACACCAGAAGACUACGCUAAUGAGGCCAACCUGAGGAGAGGAAAAUGACUCGUUUCAUUUUUUGCAAGGAAAUUAAAACACCGUUUGGGGACAGAACAGACCUGAAGCUUUUCUCCACAAAGAUGCGCCUGAACCUGUCAGUGUGGCUAGAAACAUAAUGACAGACAGGACCACAGACCGACUAAGACGCUUACUGUCUACAAUGUGGAGAAGCUACAGUCACCGCAGAGACUUUGUUUCUCUGUAACAUCCAUGCACAUUAAAAGCAGUGUCUCCUGAUUUUGAUGCACUUUUGUUGAAAUUAAUGGCAGCGUUCUUUUGUAAUACAUUAUAAAGUCACUGAAAACAGACAUUGUAUUUAUUAAUAUAAAGACUGAAAUGGCUAUUUUGUAAAUAUUUUGUUAUCUUUGAUGUACUUAGAUACUUUUUUGUUUUUGUAGCUGUCUGUGAAUUUCUUAUACUCAUAAUUUAAAUAAACUUGAUAAAUAAC